CAACAUUGCAAUUUAAAUGUGUAUUAGAAUACAAUAAAGUACAUCGCACUCACGUUUUUGUUUUUUAUUUUCUAUUAUUUUUUUUGUAUAAAAAUACUUUUUUAGUUUAUAAAUGUAAAAAUGAAGUUAAUUUCAAAUCAUAUCGUUUUGCCUAUAGUCUUGGGAAUAUCGUUAACAGGUGUCUGUGUGGGUUUAUUCUAUUUUUUAUACAAAAAAAAGGAUGAAGAAGAAAACAAAAAACCGAUUUCUUUAAGAGAGGUGAAAAAUGUGACAUACGAGAUAAAAAUAUUGAGACAAUUUGUUCCAGCAGUUAUAGGACGUGGAGGAGCUACAAUUAAAGACAUUGAAGAACGUACUUCUACACGUAUUAGAUUCGAUAAAGAUGAUUCUGAAUGUCCAGAAAGAAUCUGUAGAAUUAAAGGAACUGUUGAGGCUAUAAAAUUAGCAGAAGUCAUGAUUCAAAAUCUCAUCGCUGAUAUGCCAAUUAUUGAGACUUAUGAAAUGUUUAUUUCUUCAACAACAAUUUCAAAACUUCUUGAACAAAAAGGAAUGCUUGUGAAUACUAUUCAAUCUGAAACAAACACAAAAAUUAUCUUAGAAAAGAAAUAUUAUAAUAGUACUGAUGAACCUAGGCGAAUUAUUAUUAAAGGAACAGCUGAACAUAUUGCUGAAGCAGUUUCAACACUUGAAGAUUUAGAUAGAGAAACCAAAAGUGCUAUUGAACAACUUAAACUUGCUCGAUCUACAAGAUCACCUCGUAGUAAAAAUCUUCCUCGUGAUACAGCCAAUACUAAGACUCCAAAAAAUUCACCCAAACAAUUGGAAUCUUCUGCUAUUGCUCAAGAAGGUGUUAUGGAAGUUUAUGUUAGUGCUGUAGAGAGUCCUAGUCGAUUCUGGGUUCAAGUAGUUGGAGAAGGUACUUUAGCUUUGGAUUCACUCGUUGAAAAUAUGACUGCUUAUUAUAACAAUGAAGAUAAUAGAGAAAUACACAUCUUGAAAGAUAUCUCUGUCGGCCAAAUGGUAGCAGCUAAAUUCAGUUUUGAUAAUUGCUGGUAUCGAGCGGAAGUUAUUACAUUAAUGGAAAAUGGAUUAUAUGAAGUAUAUUUUGUCGAUUAUGGUGAUAAUGAAUUCGUUGAUGAAAAUAAUAUUUUGGAACUCCGAACAGAUUUCUUAAGCUUACGUCUACAAGCUAUUGAGUGUUGUCUUGCAAAUGUGAAACCCAAAGACGAUGAAUGGAGCCAAGAAGCAUGUAAUCGAUUUGACGUUUUAACUUGGGCUGCUCAGUGGAAAGUUCUUACUGCGAAAGUCUGCGGAUAUAAAGAAAGAGUACUUGGUCAAGGCAAAUCGAGGAGGGAAGGUUCACCAAUACCGUGUAUGGAAUUAUUUGAUAAGAGUAAUGAUAACCAGGAGAUAAAUAUUGGCAAGCAGUUGAUUGUUGAUACUUUCGCUAUCGCUGAGGAAGGUACUUGGUCUGCUUCCAGUUCAACAUUAUCGCUGUCUAAACAUGAUUUUCCAACAAGUACAGCAGUAGCUCAAGAUUCUACUCCUAAUGCUUCUAUAUCUAGCAUUUCUUCUGUUGAAGUUAGUCCUCAGCAAGAUAAGAAGCCUACAAACGAACUCAUUGACUUAACUACUCCAAUCAAAACUAAAAAAUCCAAAGUCAUUGAAGAAAUUGAUCUGGUAACACCACGUCAUGAACAAACAGUGGAAUUUAUUAAUGCUGAAAAGAAAUCUGAUAGCCAUGAAAAUGGUGAUAAAAUACCUGUUUUUGAUCCUUCAGUUAUAGAUAGUGAUAAUAGUGCAGAUUCAGAUGAAUUUGAACUUGGUUAAAGGUUGUUAAAGAAUCUCAAAAUAUUUAUAUAUUUUUUUUUCGUUUUUUUUUCUUUUGUCUAAAGUUAUAAAUAAUAUUUAUUUUCGAGAAAGUUACAGUGAUGUUUUCUCUGACUCUUAGAUAACAAUUGUUCGUGCCUUAAUAUUUUCUCAAUCGCUACUUAGAGAUUGCGCAGAGAUUGAAUAGAAAUGUAUUUUUAUAUGCUAACAAGAAAGUAAUAGUUGAAGUUUUUAUUUCCAACUCAUAACAAUUAUAUGUAUAUACCUCAAUAUUGAUUUUCAGUUUUUUUUUCUAUCCUUUUUUUUUAAACAUCAACAAAUCGUUGUCGACUUAAGUUUUUUAUUAUCAUACAUAUAAGUAUUAUUAA